CUUUUUUAUGGGUUAAUGUUUGACUCACCAGCAAGGCCUCAGACACAUUCAUUAGAUUUAUGUCAUUUAUUAACUAGUGUCAGUGCAACUUUUGCUCCAGAACAGGCAGGCAGGGGAAUAUUGAGGCUCAUAUACCUUACAGGACGAAACAUCACAAUGAAUAGCCUCAUUUUCUUGGCAGUCCUUUGCACAACAGCUUAUGUUGCAUCUGCGCAGAGCGUGCCCUUAAGACCGGCCUUUUUGCCAGGACCCCCUGCAGGAGCCCCCCGGGUAGCCUCCAAGGGAGUAGCUGGACUGGUGAGGCCGGCCCAGAAAAGCUUAUUCAAUAAUCCUUACCUGAUGAUGAUGGGAGACAAAUACUUUGACCUGGCCGCAAUGGACAUGCUGAUGGACCCGACCGCGCAGGUCUCGCCGGUCCAGCAGAUGCUAAUAGCAAAGAAUGCGGAUCUAAACCCCGUGGAUAUGAUGUUUGUAAAUCGUAUGAGAGGGGCACAAGGUGUGGGUUCGAGGUCAAUCUACUUCCCAGCGAUACUGUCAAUGAUGUAAACGCUGCCUCCCCCACCGCCAUCUGUCUUCUCUGUCAUCAUCACCAUUGGAUAUACCAAAUGAUCCAAUGUCGGUUGUAGAGGCGUAUCGACCAAUGUUUUGAUUUUGAUAGUUUGAAGCCUUUUUUCGGAAACGACGUGUUCGUUGGAGAAUCCUGUACUCUUCCCAAAAUGUGUGUCGAUAAACGUAUCUCCCAA